GUUUAUUGCACUGAGCUCGGUUAAAAGUCAUUCACUUUCCACUUCACGGCGGCGGGGGGUUGACCUUUUUAAAAGUUGACAGCUCUCGAAACAGGUGCUUCGAGAAGGGAAGCUGGAAAGGCGUUCCCAGGAAAUUGCUUAAACAAAAAAAAAGCAGCCUGCCUCUCCGUUUGUGGUUUGACAGGUUCACCGCAGCAGGGUCUCUUCAUUCAGGCAAGAAAGCACCUCAGCUCUAAGAUGGGCACCUUCAUUGGCCACAUCUCGCCGGGCCUGGCUUUCCUUUCCUUCGGGGUUCUCUACGCCUUCAAGUACUCUCUGAUGGUGCUCCGGGGUGAGGAGAUCCAACUUGUCUCCCGCUCCCGGCCACGUGGAUUCCGGGGUUGUUUGAAGCGGAUUCCAGCUGAAGGGGUGAUGAAGAUCGUAUACGGUACCCUGGCAGUCAUGGCAGAGUUUUUUUAUCCACCCGGAGUGUACAAACUGGUUAUUUAUAACAAGGAGAAGCCUGACUACCCCUUUAUCCACCCCAAUGAGUGGCAGCAUGUCACCAUGUAUUCCUAUUUCGCCCUGAGUGGCUGGAUGGACAUUAUUAGCCAGGCCUGUCUGCCCAGACGCCUGUUCCUGUUGGAAAGCAUAGCCAUCACCUUGGCGUUUUACAUCGAAGCGCUACUGCUUUACUCUCACAUGCACGGCAAGGAGAGGGUAGAGAACUCCGUGCACACCUUGCUGCUGCUCGCCUGCUUUCUGGUCUGUCUGAUCCUGACUGCUGAGAUCUGGAGACCGAAUGACCACAUCCUGUGGUUCACCAAGACCUGCCUGGUGAUGACCCAGGGCACCUGGCUGCUGCACGCCGCCUUCAUCCUCUACAGACCCUUCAUGGGCAAAGCCUGGAAGAGCGACGACAUGGCCAACCUCAUGUUUGUUACCAACUUUUUCUGUUGGCACAUCGCACUGAACAUUAUCCUGCUGGUGGUCAUCUUCUCACUCACCGCCCUGUGGUACCGCCGCUGUGACCAUGUUUUCCAGGAAGCCAAGAGGAAGGUCAGUCUCCACCUGAAGAGUGCGGAUGGCACAGGCCUCCCAUUGGAAUAUACCAAACUCCAGCCCGACGAGGAGGAGACGCAAUUACUGCAAGAAUGUGAUUUUUAAUGCCCCAGGUUCGGCGGGAGGGAAAUGUGUCUGAUCCACAGUGCGCCUCUCACUUCAAUUUCAUCAAUACCUUGAGCCAAGACUCAGAAAAGGUUAAUUAAUCUCUGUAUUUCUUUAAACUAUGCAGGCCAGGCAGGUAAGAAAGCCACCAAUAUUGUGUCCCUUACAGCUCUUAUGGACUGUAUUUUUGAGUCAAGAUUAGAGUGGCGCUGGCAAAGCUGCCCUGAUAUCAUCGAUUUUCCAGCUCCUCGGAUGCUGCCUGA